AUGAAGUUCCUAGCAACCCUCGCUGUACUGGCCACAACAGCCGUGGCCAACCCCGUUGCCAGGGACACGAAAGAGUUCCAUUUGAAAACUUUCGGUGCUCAAAACUCCCACCACAAUAACCUCUACGUCUACGCUUACCACACCGGCGCGGGGUUCAAUGAUGCUGUGCUGGACAAGAACGGCACCAUCGCCUCAUCGUUUUAUCUCAAUGGCACCACGGCUUUGGCGGAUCUGGGGACUGAUUUUCCAUGGGGUGUGAUCGCUACUGGAGACACGAACUAUGCUUCGUGGGAGCCGAUUGAGAUCAACGCUGGCAGUGGCUCGGAGGGAUUCUCUAUCGAGAACGGCAACUUCGUGUGGUCUGAGGCUAACGGCUUCGGGGGUUGGCUCGUUUGUGAUUGGUACCAUAAUGCCCCUCAGCUAUUCUAUUUGAACCGCUACUACAAGCCUACUAUUCCAUCAAGCUGCAGCAAGGCUCAACUCAAAGUCGUCUACACCAAGUAG